UCUGCCCUUAAGCGAGCCUCCCUCCCCCAAGAGUCCUUCCCGAGCGCGACAGGUAUAGGGUUCCUAGCCGCCGCCGCCGCCGCCACUGCCGGCGCGCCCUGCCGCUGCCGGCCGAAGCCUCCGCUGCCCCGCCGCCGGUACAGGAUCCCAGCAGCGCCUCCUUCCCUGGAGCAGCCGCUCUACCAGUCCAUAGGCAGCAGGUAGCAGGUAGCAGGGCAUCAACAUUGUCAGUUGGAGGGGCUUGGAGCUGCUUCGGCAUCCACUGUAGAGCAAACAAGAAGAGAACCAGUCAGCGCGGGGUACAGGCUCGCCGAGGGAGAGGCAAAGAGGAGUUGCGGGGAAGAUGCCGCUGUAUGACUGCAUGCUGAUGGUGAAACCGAUGGUGACCAAGGAGGCCAUAGCGGAGCUUGUGGCGCGGGUGGCGGGGCGCGCCUACCAGCGCAACGGCAUUGUCACCGAGCUCAAAUCCUUCGGCAAAGUGCACCUUGGCUACGGCAUCAGGAAGCUUGACGACCGCCACUUCCAGUGUAUCCCAUUCAACAUAAGGGUUGACUUCAACAAGUUAUGCGGUAAUGCUAUUUACUUCGCGGAUGAUAUGGGCUGCACAUUCUUAAUGGAUGUGCAUAAACGAAAGGAUAGAACCAUCAUAUAUGGUGAUGAAUGGAAACAGUACAUUGCACAGAAUAAUCUCAUCGGAGGAGAGUACAUAUCCUUUUCCUUGAAAGGAGACGUCAACAGGUUAAGGACAAUGUAUUUCUACAACAAUGAUGAUGGCGAUGACAACCGGGAUCAUGAUGAUAGUCAGGAUCAGCAGGAUGAUAGAGAUGACCAAGAUGACGAGGAUGAGGAAGAUGAUGACGAUGGUCCAUUAAGUUCUGCAAUUUUCUGUGAAAGAAUAGGGAAGCUUACUCGAGAUGAGACCAUGAAUAUUACCGUGAUGUUACCAUCGAGUGUAGCCUUCAUGCGGAAGCCAUUUGUGCACCGCUUAACUAAAACCAACAUCGUGAAAAAAGUCAUGAAGUUACCUAUCAAGAUGUUUUUCUGAGUGGACAUUCCCGCCCUCGGCACCGCUGGAGUACGCCAUGGACCAACAAGGUGUGUCACCAGCGCUCGGUACAAGACGGAAACAGACGGACACAUAUCCUUUUGUAGGUCUGGCUAGCGGGAGUUCAUGACAGGAAAGAGAGAACUAAGGGUGGACACCCUUGUUAUGGUUGUCAUUGACCAUGUUUAGAAAUAUGUUCUUAAGUCAUGAAUUUAUGAGCCGAUGAACUGUUAGUUAAUUAGUAUGUUAUGAUGGACGUGAUCGAUACAUUGAUGUUUGUU